GGACACAUUAGGUGCCGGUCAGACACAUGUUGUGGUAGGAUUCCACUAGGGGAUUCUAGUGCAGACAAUGUUUGCCUAAUUCAUGAACGGAUUAGACGUCGAUGAGGAGGGAGUUGACGAUGCUAGAAUAACACGUGCUAGAUCACUUAGGGUCCCGCAUGUGUUCCAGACCUUAGCACCGGGAGAAGAAAGAAGGCUUCGUGCCGAACGCAGAGCCCGUGCUCUAGCAGCAGCUAGGGAAACAGCGAACGCUGCAGCUAGGGAACAGGCUGCAGCAGCAGCCAGGGCAGCAGCCAUGACUAGCUCCGCAGCAUCCUCUGCGGCUUUGUCUGGGACCAAUGGGACCCAGUUGGGAAUGCCAACAGGGUCCACGGGCACUUCCAGUUCUAUGGGUUCUCGGCAGUCUACAAGUCAAAUGGCGGGCGCGCAGUUCAGCCCGUUGACUCCUCGCCAACGGGAGCUCAGGGAGCUCCAACAGGUGGAAAGGAUCCGUGAACAGUUAGAGAGGGACCUGAAGAAAGCUACCGAUAGAGAAAAAGAGAUUAAAAAUAGAGCAGCCAGGCUUGAUACUUUAGAGGCUGACAAAGCUGAGUUAGAGGGCUUGGAUGAGUCAGCAUUGUCUGACCAGAUAAAAACACUGAAGAAGAAUAUGCUCUUGCUGCAUGCGCACGUGGACAGCAGAUUAGACUUCAUGCAAAGCACUCUAGACCAGAUCCUGGAUGUUUUGACAAGGCCAGGAUUCAGGCCACCAGCACAAUCGCCGUUGCCGUUAUCGACGAUGUCAAGCCCCUUUCCAGUUCAAGCUGGUACACAACCAAGUGGUACGUCUGCAGCACUCGCACAGACUAUUGCAUCUUCUUCUUCGGGUCCAGCGGUGGGAGUUACACCACCGCAACAACCUGUUCCUCAACAGGGACAGCAACAAGGUCAAUGGUACCCCAAGACCCCAAUGAAACCACCUCUUGCCUUCUCAGGCGAGAGGAAGGACGAAGAACUCAACACAUGGUUGAGGACAGUCCCGGUUUGGGUAAAGGCCAAGAGGACCUUGCUAGAGGACGAAGUGGUAACCGCUGCACCCUACCUCGAAGGUAAGGCAGCCAAGUGGCUAGAUGGGGUAGUUGUAAAGGCCGGGUAUGAGCGACACAUGGCAGACUGGGCUAAGUCUCUGACGUUAGACCAGUUCAUGGAAAUGGUAGAAGCUCGAUGGCAUAAUCCACAGGAGGCACAAAGAGCCACUGAUGUGAUUAACAAGCUGGACCAACGAAAGUUCAAGUCGGUCAGGGAGCUUACGACUACCAUUGAGAGCCUGAUCCUCGUCCCAGGCAUCAACUACAGUGACCAGUUCCUGUAAACUACGUUUGUUAGAUGUUUACCAGAGAACAUCAAGAACUUACUGGCCAGCGAGGCACGCACUGAGUACCAUUCGUUUGAGACACUAUCUAGGAAAGCCUUAGAUUUGGAGGCCAUGCUAGGCAAUGCUCAACCAACCUCUCAGAUUGACACGAAGAAGAAGAAGAGUCCUCAGGAGUGGAAGAAGGGGGCUAAGUUGAUGAUGGUUGAGUCCGAUGGGACUCGAGGAGCUCACCGACCUGAUGGACUAUACAGAGUUUGACGGCGAGGAGGUAGCUGAGGGUAGCACCCUCGCCGCGGUAGUCAAGACUAAGGCAGGUGGCCGAGGGAAGGGCCAACCUAGGAGUCAAGGAAAGGCCGCCUCCAAUCAAACCAAGCAGGCUGA